UUCGCACCUGUUCAUUACUGUCGUAUACUUUUUCAUGAAGAAGGCCAGGAGGUGACCUUCAAAUUGAAAAAAAAAGAAUAUCUGGACGCACGUUUUAUUCGUUGUACAAAAGUAUUUGGAGCCUAUGUGAAAUCGUGAAGAAUAAAAUUAUCUGAGUCACUUUUUUGAAUUCUGAUAAAAUCAUUCUCUUCAAACAUGAAGUUGAUCGCAUUCGCAUUCAUUUUAAUUAAUUGUGUUUAUGGAAUCACAUCAGCGAAACUUCCACUCAAUACAAACCUAAAGAAUGCAAACACCGACGACGUCGUAAUCGAUAAUUUCAAUACGGAGUCUUUGAAUACUCGAGACAUCGACCCCAACUAUGGCUAUGGAUCUUACGUACCAGCAGAUUAUGGAAAUCUUAGUUUCGUCUCGAACUGGGUAGAUAACAUUUCAAGAAUGCUACAACCAGAUACCAGCUAUUACAAUCCGCCUGCGUACUACCCCUAUCCAACUGAUUAUAAUCAAGGACAGUGGUCCGCUCAGCCUUGGUCUUAUGACUGGAGUCAAUACACCACUAAUUCUCAUCCGAACCAAAAUUUCUAUCAGAACGCCGUUGACGUUUCCCAUCAAGUUCCGGGUACUUACAAUCCGAAUUAUUACGCUGACCAAUAUCAGUAUCAACAACCAGGAUUAACUAAGAAAAUUUCAACCGUGUUUAAUACUGGCGAUUCGCAAGAAAUUAAACAUAAGCUGAUAAUAUCUCCGGAAUAUCCAGAUGGUACAGGAUACAUAUCGGUUAAACCUUCGGGAGGUAAUAAUAUUUCAGGCAGUUCGUCGAAAGACGGAAAAGUUUAUUAUAGAUUUUAAUAAGUAUGUCAACUUGUCAAAUUUGUUAUUCUUUUUUUUUUUAUUAUUUCGUAGGUAGGUAUAGAUUAGCUAGAUAGGUUAGGUACAUUUACGUUGCUACGUUAAGUUAUUAAAUAUUUAUUGAUUUAUUGCGAA